GUGUGCGAGUGCAGGCAGUGCUCGACGAGUAUGUUUCUGAGGAGGGGAAUGCCAUCGUGGUCAUUGAAAGUCGAAAGGCCAGGUAGCAAAGGCCGUUCGUCGUCGUAGCCGUAGGCUUGCAAGCGCGACGCGUAGAAUCGUUGCUCGACUCGUCGACUCGCUAGCCGCUGCUGGCACGACGCUAGAUUGGUCAUGAACUAUGUCCAGCUCGAGAAGCUCGGCGAGGGUACCUAUGCGACCGUACACAAGGGCAAGAGCCGCACGACGAACGAGAUUGUCGCCUUGAAAGAGAUCCAUCUUGAUGCAGAGGACGGCACGCCUUCGACGGCCAUCCGAGAGAUCUCGCUCAUGAAGGAGCUCAAGCAUCCCAACAUCGUCCAGCUCUACGAUGUCUAUCACACAGAAUCAAAACUCAUGCUCGUCUUUGAGUUCAUGGACCUCGACCUCAAGAAGUACAUGGACUCCCAGGGCGACAGAGGCGCGCUCGAGCCAGGCGUCGUGCGCUCCUUCAUGUACCAGCUCCUGAAAGGCACAGCCUUCUGUCACGAAAACCGGGUGCUCCAUCGGGACCUCAAGCCACAGAACCUGCUCAUCAACAAGCGCGGCGAGCUCAAGUUGGCCGACUUUGGUCUCGCCAGAGCGUUCGGCAUUCCCGUCAACACCUUUUCCAACGAGGUCGUCACGCUCUGGUACCGCGCCCCGGAUGUGCUCAUGGGUAGCAGGACCUACUCGACCUCUAUUGAUGUCUGGAGCGCGGGCUGUAUCAUGGCCGAAAUGAUAUCUGGCGUGCCUCUCUUCAGAGGCCGUGACAACAACGAUCAGCUCAACCAGAUCCUGCGCAUCGUCGGCACGCCGGAUGAAGCGACACUGAUGCGCAUUGCUAACGAAUCUCCUGAGAUCCAGAUGCGUCCGUUCCCGAGAACGCCAAAGAUACCCUUUGCUCAGCUAUAUCCCAAGGCCCACCCUCUGGCGAUCGAUCUAUUAGAAAAGUUGCUCGUCUUUGACCCAUCGCGCAGGCUGUCGUGCGAAGAAGCGUUGCGCCAUCCGUACUUUCUGCCACCCAGCUAGCCGCUUGCGCGACCCAUCAGGGAAGGCACAGGUGGCCCAUUCGUUGUCAUUUGUACCUAUGCAAUUUCUACACGAGAGCUCGUCUAUGCCAGUCCUGCAUCCUUCAUGGCUUUGAGCAUGAUGCUUCCCAGCUUGGCAGGACUGUCCGAGACAAAGGCGCCUGCAGCCUCGAGCGCCUUUACUUUGUCGUCUGCACCGCCUUUGCCACCGCUGAUGAUCGCACCAGCAUGGC